AAUUUACAUAUCAAUACAUCCCGAGAGGUUGCAGUAGCAGAGGAGAAUUUCAUUGUCCACACAUAAAUGGACAAGUCAUGGGGCCAAGUCAAGUUGUGUCAACAAACCCCAUGAACUUGCCAAUAAUUGUGGGUAGCAGUCCGCCCACAGGUGUCAAUGGCGCUGACACUAUGCAAACACUUGUCCAACAGGAUGUCAGUCGACCUGCACCCUUGUAUCCCGAACCUAUGCUAUUGUACUCCACAAUCUCAGUCGACGGUUCAGUAACUCCCGACAUGGCGACGACUUUGCAGCUAAUUAUGCUGGCUCUAGUGGGUGGAACCCUCGUUCAAGCCAAUGACACGGACUACAAGCUGCUCCUGACCUCAAUUGUGGAAGAGCUUAAGGGCGGCCUUAAACUGCAUCUAAGGAGUUCCGAAGACGGAGGCAACGAUCUUGUUCAGUUUUUGAUGGUGCAGGAAAAGAGCUCUCUUCAAAUAAGUGUAGAACAAGAGGAAAUACCGACAGGAGCCGAGAUGAUGAGGCAUAAUUUUUUCAUUUUUGAAGACGUACAUCAAAUGCAGGAAAUCCUGACCAGCCUGGUCAACACAGAUGGCUUCUACAUAUUGGCUUUAGAGAAGAACUCAGCUGAGGAUCAUGUAACUCUAAAGGAUUUCGGGGCCGAUGUUUGGCUUCAGCAUGGACAUAGUCGGAUUUACUACGUUCAAAUAAGCAAGGAAAGCGUACUGCUCUAUAAUCCAUUUACGCAGAGUUUAGUGGUGGUUCGAGAUUCCAAAACCUAUGCCAGAAUCUACAAGGAUCUGGAGGGGUACCCUUUGAGAAUAUACAUUUUCGAUUCAGUUUAUUCGAGUGUGAUUGGAGACGGCGAAAAUAACAAGGUUCUAAGUGUAACAGGAGCGGAUGCGAAAUUGGCCAAAACAGUGGCCAGGCAACUGAACUUCACAGCUGAUUUUCUGUGGCCGGAUGACGAGUUUUUUGGAGGGCGCCUGCCAAAUGGAGAAUACAGUGGCGGCGUAGGCCGCGCUCACCGCGGAGAGGUGGACAUCAUCUUCGCCGGAUUCUUCAUCAAGGACUAUCUCACUACACACAUACAGUUCAGUGCGGCCGUCUACAUGGAUGACCUCUGCUUGUACGUGAAAAAAGCCCAGAGAAUUCCGCAAUCCAUUCUGCCCCUCUUCGCUGUCCAUACGGACGUGUGGCUAUGCUUUCUGCUGGUGGGCUUGCUGGGAACCCUCGUCUGGCUUAUCCUGAGAGCUGUAAAUCUAGUUCUAUGCAUUGAACGCAUACCGGAUGGUUCACGGACUACGGGGAUCAGUUACUUCGGAGCAGCGCUACGCAUUUUCAUCGACACAUGGGUCGUUUGGGUGCGGGUGAAUGUGGGUCGUUUUCCCCCCUUUCACUCGGAACGCAUCUUUGUGGCUUCUCUUUGCCUGGUGAGCGUGAUUUUCGGAGCCCUGCUUGAGUCCAGCUUGGCCACAGUUUACAUAAGACCUCUUUACUACCGAGAUGCUAAUACUUUGAGGGAAUUGGACGAGUCCGGCCAGCCCAUUUACAUAAAACAUCCCGCCUUCAAGGAUGAUCUCUUCUAUGGUCACGACUCCCAGGUCUAUCGCCGAUUGGAUGCCAAGAUGAAGCUGGUGGCUGAGGGCGAGGAGCGCCUCAUUGAGAUGGUGUCCAAGAGGGGAGGAUUCGCGGGCGUCACCCGAUCCGCCAGCUUGCAGCUGAGUGACAUUCGAUACAUGAUGACUAAGAAAGUGCACAAAAUCCCCGAGUGCCCCAAGAACUAUCACAUUGCCUAUGUCCUGCCGCGUCCCUCGCCUUAUUUGGAGGAGGUCAACCGGAUCGUGCUGCGCCUCGUUGCCGGCGGCAUCGUUAAUUUAUGGACGGGGGAGGCGAAGGAGCGCGCCAAGUGGAGCAUCCAGCGCUUCCCCGAAUACUUGGCCGAGCUGGACGUAGGCCGGUGGAAGGUGCUCACUCUGUCCGACGUCCAGCUGGCCUUUUACGCCCUCUCUAUUGGAUGUCUACUCUCAGCUGUUGUUUGCAUGUCGGAGAUUUUGUUGGGACGCAAACGAACAGCAUUAAACAAGAUUAAAUAACCCCAUUAAAUAAAAAUAAUUCUAUUACAGUCUACUCAUAGUAA